AUGGCCUCAGCUCACUAUGGACUGACACGGGCAGUGCUGAGCCUCAUCCUGCUCUUCCACCCUGUGCUUGCAUUGCAAGGAACAAGCACACUUGUACCGCAGGCAUCUGUUUCGGUACCAACAUCUUCAACCGCCUCAGCGUCAAUGUCAACGCUAGCGGCGGCAGCCUGCAACGGCCGCUCCGAGUACUGCACGCGAUCCUAUUCAAACAUUACAUUCGUAGGAUCGCACGACUCAGCAUUCGUCGGGCCUCUGCCCCAGCAGAACCAAAACAUCAAUAUCAAAGCCCAACUUGACAUGGGGAUCCGAUAUCUGCAGGUUCAAACCCAUCAUUCCAUUAUCGACAAGAAUACCUUAGAACUAUGCCACACAUCAUGCUUCCUGGAAGAUGCAGGAACGCUCAAAUCAUUCUUGACAACCAUCAAAAAAUGGCUAGAUGCAAAUCCCAACGAGGUCGUCACCCUCCUCCUAACGAACGGCGACUCGGUAUCAAUCACCGAGUUCGGCGAUACUUUUACCAGCAGUGGGAUCGUCUCUUACGCUUAUAACCCUUCUGCAAGCCCACUGUCAAUCGCCGACUGGCCGACACUAGGCGAUUUAAUCUCGAUUGGAAAGCGACUAAUCGUGUUCUUGGACUACGGUGCCAACACCAAACAAGUAAAUUACAUCCAUGAUGAGUUCGCCUACUACUUUGAAACAGCAUACGACGUCAUAGAUGCCUCUUUCUCAAGCUGUAGUAUUGAUCGACCCUCUGGCGCCUCUGCUACAGGUCGCAUGGGUCUGGUUAAUCAUUUCCUGGACAUUGAUAUCCUCGGUGUGAAGGUUCCAGCUAGGGAUAAGGCGGCAAGAACUAAUGCUGCGACGGGGGUGGGCAGUAUUGGUGCCCAGGCGAGUUUGUGCGCGGGGUUAUAUGGGCGUGCGCCGAAUUUAAUUUUAGCGGAUUUUGUGGAUAAGGGGGAGGUGAUUAAGGCACAGAAUAAUUUGAAUGGGUUUUAG